AUGGCGGAGAUGAGGAUAAAGAGGAAAGACGGUAGUGGGAGGUGGUAUGUAUCGCGUUUUGUCGAGGAGCAUAACCACGAACUUGCGUAUGGGAAGCUUGUUGAUUAUCUGCGGUCACACAGGAAGAUAUCUGAGGUAGAAGUUGCUCAACUAACAAGCAUGAGGGAGAUUGGGAUUAGCAUACCUAAGAUUUAUGAGUCUUUCGCAGCACAACUAGGGGGUUUUAAUCUGGUAACAUUCACAAAGCAAGAUAUGUAUAAUGAGAUACGGAAACAGAGAGGUCUGCAAGGCGGAGAUAUAAGUGCGGCUAUUAGGUACUUGGAAGGUGUGGCAGGCAUGGAUGGGAAAAUGUUUUGGCGUUACAAGUUGGGGGCAGGGCAACACCUAUGCAACUUGUUUUGGAGCGACGGUCGUUGCCAGGAAGAUUAUGGGAUUUUCGGCGAUGUGCUAGCAUUCGACGCUACGUAUGGCCGCAACAAGUACAACCUACCCGUUGUAGUCUUUUCCGGAGUAAACCAUCACAACCAGACAUGCGUAUUUGGAACAGCAAUGGUCUCCUGCGAAUCGCAGGAGUCAUAUAUUUGGGUUCUUCGCCAGUUUAUGGAAUGCAUGCAAGGUAAGUGA